CGAGCAGAGCCGGUGCACAUCCAGUAGCGACGGGGCACUUCGGGGGGCCCGCACAUUUCAAUUAAAUUACCUUUGUACUGUGCGGGCCCCUUAAGAAACAAAGCGUAUAGCCGUCACCGGACAGGUCAGGGGCUGAUGGGAGUAGAGACGUCACGUGCCCCGCGCAGGCACACACGUCCACUCCGAUCACCUGACCUGUCCUUGCUUACGUAGCUACGCGAACCUCCAGCAUCCUCCCGGUGCAGUGGCAGGAGCAGCAGAAAACUCGCGCCGCUGCAAUGAUCCGUGGCAGGAGGAUAAGGAUCUGCUGACAAAGUGAGGAGCCAAUGAUGUCUGGAUGUCAGACUCUGCAGAGAAGAUGGAGCUGGAAGAAGACCUGGUCUCUGGACCCGAUGAAGAAGAAAAGAUAACAGAGAAGAUGUCACUCAAGGCAGAAGACGUCACUCAGGUUAUACCCAUCACUGUCUGAUGAACUGUGAGGAGGUUCCUUCCGCCAUGUUUUAUGUUAUCAUGAAGACAAGCACAGAUCACAAGCUGUGGUUUACAGUACCUUCGCUUCUCUAUUUCCUCUUUGCUCAGUUUUACUCAUGUUGUACAGAUUUAACCAACUUCAUAACGGUUUGUUUCCAUGUGUGCGGCGCAGCGCAAACUCGUGACGGUCGCUGUCUGCUGCAAAGAGAUCCAACUUAUCAGAUCAAGGUUUUCUUCAACAAAAAACUGAAAAUGCCAAACAACAGCCUAGGAAACUGCAACAGCACCCUGGAGUUCAAGCACACUCUAUACGCAGUCACCUACACCAUCAUAUUCAUACCUGGCCUUCUUGCGAACAGCAUCGCUCUUUGGCUUCUAAGAAGCUUCAUCAGCAAGAAGAACAAGGCCAUCAUCUUCAUGAUCAAUCUGGCCUUUGCCGACCUUUCACACGUCUUGUCAUUGCCCCUGCGGAUUUUCUACUACGUAAAUCACACUUGGCCAUUCGGAACCUUUUUAUGCUUGCUGUGCUUUUACCUUAAGUAUCUCAACAUGUACGCCAGUAUUAUGUUCUUAACCCUGAUAAGUGUUCAACGCUACGUCUUCACGGCAAAUCCUUUCAAAGCCAAAGGGUGGAAGAGGCGGUACGAUGUUGCCAUCUCCAUAGGUGUAUGGAUAGUAGUCGGGGCUGCCUGUCUGCCUUUCCCAAUAUACAGAAGCUCUGGAUUAAACAACACCAGUACCAGUUGUUUUGCUGAUCUUAGCACAAAAAAGAUGAACAACAUGACCGUCAUCAUCAUGCUCGUAGGGGCAGAGCUGUCUGGUUUCUUGAUCCCUCUUAUAAUUAUUACUUACUGUACCCUAAAAACAAGAACUCAGUUAAAAAGUGACUCACUGGGGUGCGAACAGAUGAAGGAAAAGCACAAGGCCUUGCGGAUGGUAGUAUCCUGCGCCUCUGUGUUUUUUAUCUGCUUCACUCCUUAUCACAUCAUUUUCUUCUUUUACGUCUUGGUCAGUUCAAAUAUUAUCGAUAGUUGUGUAGUACAAAAAGUUAUUAUGGAUCUCCACCCAUUCUCCCUGUGCUUAGCGAGUAUCAAUUGUUGCCUUAACCCAAUACUGUAUUACUUUACCGCGUCAGAGUUCCAAAAUGAAUUGGCCAAACGUAGCUCCUCAGUUGUCGGCGUUCGUCUCAUGAGCAGAGAAAGUGUUUCUUCCAUUAGGUGAUCCAUUGCUUGAUUUGUUUUUCUUUAAUUUCAUACUAUUUAUUUAGGUACUAUGGGGGUUAUUUAUCAUUGUGUUCUAUUGAUUUUUUUUUUUUUGGUCUACAUUUGCGGAUUUUUGUUAUUUUGCGCUAGUUGCGGAGUUAUUUUAUAAUCCCUCAUUUUAACCUUUUGGUGUUGCUAGACCAUUUUUUGAAGUGACGGAUGCAGUGGUCACACAUUUAUUAUAUGCGCAUUUUUUAUUUUUGCGCACAUUUUGCCACAACUGGCGCAAAAAAAAACCUGCAAGUCCAGACCACCACCUUACCAGGUCUAAAAAAAAAUUACUACUCCUGUUUGUUUGCCAAAAAUAAAAAUCAGCAGCCAGAGUGAAAGAGAGGGAGAGAGAGGAGGAGAGAGAGAGAGGGGGGGGAGAGAGAAAGAGAGAGAAUAAGGGUAUGUUCACACUACGUAAUUCCCGCGUACUAAGGUAGAGAAUAAGAACGUUUAAAGACAUAAAAAGUUAAAACUAAAACGUGCAAAGGAAAAGUAAAGCCUUUGUCAAUAUGAAACAAUCAGAUAUAUUUUUUUAAGGUACAAAAAAGGACUGGUAAAGAUGUAAGAAACAAUAAGAUUGUUAGCAAUGGCCAACAUCUCACAAUUUCAUGUGCCCAAUUUUUAAAAAAUAUGCGAUGAAGUGAUGAUAACAUAAUAAUAAUAAAACAAAAAGGUGAAAGGUUAAAAAAAUUAAAUAAAAUACCUGUUCA